AGGCUCCUGCUGCUUAUACAUGGGCUCCCAGGCCAGUCCUUAGUGUGGUUUAAUGUCCACGGAAGUGACCACGAGCAAUGAUUGAUGUUUCAGUGGCAAAUUCAAUGCAAUUGUGCAUUUUUUAUGUUGUUUUAGGAGGAAUUUGAAAAUUGUGUGACUCAGUAUAUGAAGGCAAUAAACUUUGCAAAAGGAGAACCCAGGUAUUACUUCCUGGUGUAUAACGCAUCAGUCCUCUACUGGCAAAUGGUGAGGCCAUUUCUCAAGCCGGGAUAUCAUCACCAUCUGAUCUCCAGCCUCUCCCAAAUUGUCAACGUGUUAAAUCAGACUGAAGAAGAGGACAAGGAGUGGCGGGCAGAGCUGAUGCUGGAGCUUCUGGACUGUUAUCUACAAGCUGGAAAAAAGGAAGAGGCUGCAAAAUUUUGUGUCACUGCAGCGCCAUUUAUAAAAGCUAGCGUGCCACAGAAAUAUCGACACAUAUUUUCUGUUAUGGUGAGACAUGAAUUCGUGGAUGAGCUUCAGUUAGAGGAAGAAAAGAAAACCUCCGCUAGCCUGGCUGUCACUUACCACAUUAAUAUGCUAAAAGCAAAAUUGGAUAAAAAUGAGUUACCUGAAGAUGUGAACUCAAUUCUGAAGAAGGCCUAUAAACAUUUAAGUUAUUAUAAUCACCAGCGCUUCCCUUCAGUCAGAGAGGAAAAAAUUCUUUUGCUUUUUGAAUUGGCUCGUCUCUCUUUGACCUUGAAAUGUGAGGAGAUCUCCUCUGGCUGCCUCUCAGACUUGAAGAGUAUUGACAGCACAGAUCCUGGGAAGCUGAUUGAAAUCGAAUGCCUGGAGUACGAAUUAGAAGCUUUAAGACUCGAAAGUAAAAUUAAAAUCUAUGUCCGAGCAGCCGUUGAGACCCAGCUGAACCUGGUGCGGAGACUUGACGUGGCACUCCAGCGGGCCGUGCGGCUGGGCGAGCCCGGGCCCAUCCACGUGGUGUGUGCCACCCAGUGGAACACGAGUCUCCCUCUGCUGCAGCACCACCUGCGGCAGCAGCUGCGGAAGCCGCUGGCCAACGUCGCAGACGCCCUGGAGAAGGUGGACAGGUAG